UGGGUUUGGUUCAGUGGUGUUUAAUAUGGAGAGUUUUUGUGCGAGUCUAAGACUAAGACUGUAAGGUGAAGCAAGGCAAUGUCCGAAGUGGGAGAUCCAGCCAUUAAGCUCUUCGGGAGGAUUAUUCCGCUCCCACAACUUCAGAUUCACGAUUUGUCCGCCGAUAAAGAGUGUUUGGUGGCAGAUACGGGUGAGUGUAGAGAAAUGGAGGACCCUUCUGUAGAAAAAUCCUGCACGCAAGAUACAUCUUCGGAACUAGAUAAUAGCAGAGAAAACAAUCGCCAAGGCCUAAUCCAUGAGAAUGAGGGUGAAGUUAAUUGUGAUCAAGGAGAAGACCAAUGCGUGGAUAGUGAUACGAAAGGCAUAGAAAAGUCUCUCAGAAAGCCAGACAAGGUUCUUCCUUGCCCUCGCUGCAAAAGCUUAGAAACAAAGUUUUGCUAUUUCAAUAAUUACAGUGUUUACCAACCGAGACACUUUUGCAAGAGCUGCCAAAGAUAUUGGACUGCUGGGGGAACCAUAAGAAAUGUUCCUCUAGGUACUAGGCGGCGCAAGAAUAAGCAUUCAUCUUCGCAGUAUCAUCAGGUAGUGGGACAACCGAAUGCAGUACCAGUCACCCAGGGAGGCACCCUUAACGUUGUUGGCCAACAGCAUCUUUCACCUUGUGGACUUCCAGCCUCUCCAAAGCCUGUCAAUGAGAUGAAGGAAGGCUUAAGUUCUGUCUCAGAUGCGCUUUUAGUUGAAUCUACAGAGACUGCCUCGAACCAGAAACACCAGAUGAGAAAUUCUGAGACUGGCUCUGCAGCUGACGGCGAUGGUGGUUCCUUAUCAGCCACUGCUUCACAGCACAUUGCGUGUCUGACAAAAGAAAUGAAGCAGGGUGGUCUGCCAGGAUAUGACAAUGAUUCUAGUCAUAUGUAUACUAUGCAAUAUUGCCCUGUUCCUCAAUGGGCCAAGACUCCAAGUUGGGGCAUAAUGAUGUUUGGAUCUGAUAGCAGUAAUCCUAAUCCUUCUCAUGUAGGUCCUCUGCCUAUGGUUACAGUUCCUAGUUUUUGUACUCCCACUUUCGCUUUCCCAUUUGUGCCUUCCUUGUACUGGGGUUACAUGCCAAGCUGGGACUCCAGAAAAUGGAAUUCUCAGCUGGUUGGAUCUGCUGGCAGCUUGUCACUUUUGUCUUCCUCUGGCAACAGCGGAUGUUCGGGCAAUAGCUCGGCAACCUUGGGAAAAUAUGCAAGAGAUGCAAAUGUACAUGAAGAUGUAAUAACAAAACAGUGCCUUUGGGUACCCAAGACUUUGAGAAUUGAUGACCCAGAAGAGGCUGCAAAGAGUUCUAUAUGGUCUACCUUGCGUAUCAAACAGGAUAAGAAUGAACUUGUAGUUAGAGGUGGUAUUUUUAAAGCUUUCCGAAAGAAAUCAGAUACUAAAACCCAAACAUUAGAUGCUGAUCGAGUUUUACAGGCAAAUCCAGCAGCCCUCUCUCGCUCUCAAUCCUUCCAGGAGACCACGUAAAGUAUCUCUUCAGUUCAACAUGCAGAGCUUAUGCAUGAGGUUUGUCUACUAAAAUCCUAAUCUUUGUUGUUCGGUAAAUUAGAUUAUGGAGGGAAUGCGUAUUCAUCCAAGUUUAUUUUGUUUUGACAAGACCGUGUAAAGGCUCUCAUUCAGCUCGACAUACACAGUUUAGAAUGAUAUUCCAGUCUUUGUUAUUCAGUGUAGUAGGGAGGGAGGGAAUGUGUAUCAUGAGUAGAUUAUAUAAGCUUAGUUUGUUUGAGGAGGAAUAAGGCAGAAGCUAGUGGAGAGAAUUUCCGGCAUUUUUGUAUAACAUUUGAUGCUGAGAUAGGUGCCAAAUUAGUUUGAGUUACACAAACCUUAAAUUCUUAACAUUUGAUUCAUAAAACUUUGUAUUUGCAUCUCAA